UUAGAAUUGUGUCAAAUGUGUCAACACAAACAACAAAACCGGCAAAAACAAAACUUUAACGUCACACAAAAACCAACCAAAACAAAAUCCACCUAAAAAUGAGCGAGAAUAAACCGAGCCGGUUGGAGAACUACCUUCAGUACAACACCUUGACCAUAGUGCCGCAUAUAUUGAGAAAUACAAAUACAAUUUUGGAUUUACGAAAUGAGACAUCGGUUGCAGGGACUAUUUUUGAUGUGGACGGCUACAUGAACAUUACGAUGACAAAUGCCGUUUUCGUGGAUCAGAGAAACAAUCAACAUUCGUUCGAGUCUUACUUCGUUCCAGCUAGAACCAUCCGGUAUAUUCAUAUUCCAGAGUCGAUGAACAUUCAGUCAGCCAUCAACGACUUUUUGAUGAGUAAACACAGACCGAAUCGACCAAAAAAGGUGUUUUCAUUCAAAAUAAGACGUGCCGAACGGAGACACCAAGCGACGCUAAGGGAGCUGGCCCAGUCGAGGAAACAAAACUGAACUCUUCCAUGCCAAACCGGAAUUUUAAUUUUUUUUAUUUGUUUUCCAUUUUACAAUAAAAAUAAAAAAUUAGUACGAACCCUCCACAGAAGACGAACUUGCUAAUACUUUGAACCGACUUGUUAGGAUGAUUUCGUGUCGUUAUGUACACUGUUUGAAGUUUGAAGGCCACACGGUGUUAGACUAGUUCAAUGGCUAAUGCAAUACCCAUUCCGCCUCCGAUGCACAAUGCUGCCACUCCUCGUUUGCCGCCGAUUCGCCGAAGAGCGUA